UGUUUGUCUUUAAUCCACUUCCCAUACUCUGAAAUGCUUUUUCACAUAAUUAUUAUUGUCUGCUUUUCUUCUUCACAACAGAACACUGGAGGAAAACAUAUGUAUGUGCUAAGUAUGGAAAUUGUUCUAGGCAAAAACUGGAACUUACUAAGCAAGCUCAACAUUCAGAAGAGGAAGGUUAUACCAGAGAGAAGCUCCACAAACAGAAUGUAUCUGCGAUAUGUGUUCCUCAAAAUAUGGCACUUGUGUCUUGGAAGAGGCCCCACGGUGUAAAGAAACACUUUAGGUAUGACAUUUCUGUGAAAGGUUUUGGUUCUAAAUUGUACCAUGUGAACCACCAAGAAGCACACACAGUAAAGAAACCACACAAAUGCUGGAAGUGUGGGAAAUGCUUUGCAUACAAUUCAAUACUUUUGGCACAUUUGAAAGUACACAGAGACUUUGUGAGCCACUGGAUAAACCACACAGGAGAGAAACCGUACAAAUGCCAUCAGUGUGGGAAAUGUUUUGUUUACAGGUCAGCCCUUGUGUCCCAUCAGAGAGUCCACACAGGAGAGAAACCAUAUACAUGCCAGCAGUGUGGGAAUGGUUUUGGUCACAAGUCAUCUCUUGUAAGACACCAGGUAGUCCACACAGGAGAUAAACCAUACACAUGCCAGCAGUGUGGGAAUAGUUUUGGUCACAAGUCAUAUCUUGUGAAGCAUCAGAGAGUGCACACAGGAGAGAAACCAUACAUGUGCCAGCAGUGUGGGAAUAGAUUUUCUUGGCAAUCAGCCCUUGUUUCCCAUCAGAGACUGCACACAGGAGAGAAACCAUACACAUGCCAGCAGUGUGGGAAAGGUUUUGCUCAGAAGCCAAACCUGGUUUACCAUCAGCAAAUGCACACAGGAGAGAAACUAUUCACAUGCCAGCAGUGUGGGAAAUGCUUUCCUCACAAGUCAGCUCUUGUGAGACACCAGGUAGUCCACACAGAAGAGAAACCAUACACAUGCCAGCAGUGUGGGAAAGGUUUUGGUCACAAAUCAUAUCUUGUGAAGCAUCAGAGAGUGCACACAGGAGAGAAACCAUACACAUGCCAGCAGUGCGGGAAUAGAUUUUCUUGGCCAUCAGCCCUUGUGUCCCAUCAAAGAGUGCACACAGGAGAGAAACCAUAUGCAUGCCAGCAGUGUGGGAAAGGUUUUGCUUACAGGUCAGAUCUUGUGAAGCAUCAGAGAGUGCACACAGGAGAGAAACCAUACAUAUGCCAGGAGUGUGGCAAAGAUUUUGCUUACAAGUCAGCACUUGGGAAGCAUCAGAGAAUGCACACAGGAGAGAAACCAUAAAAAUGCCACCAAUGAGAGAGAUGCUUUAUUCAAACUUUGCAUCUUUUGAAGCAUCAGAGAAUCUACAGAGGAGAGAAAUAAUUCACUUGUUGUAUCUGACAUAUUUUUCUCAUAAGUCACACCAUUUGAGUAUGAGGGAAUGCAUACAGGUGAUAAACUAUACAGACCACAGGACAGUGGGAAAUGUUUUCCUGAAACUUCACAACUUUUCAGACACGAAGGGAACCCAUAGAAAUAGCAGUAUGGAAAAGUUUUGUUUGGAGAGAUAGCUUUCAUAUAUCUUGAUUGUUCCUAGAAAAGGCCUAUUAAAAUCUUCCAUUAUAGCUUUUACCCUCUGCUGGGGCAGGCAGGCAGGGGGCAUUCAUGGGCUUCCUACAGGAUCGCAGCAGAGGACUUAUAUGCCGACUCCAAACACCUCCCAGAUCACCUGAUUUUCACCUGAUUUUUAACUAUUCCAGGCAGGUAAUUUACAUCUGAUUGCUGUUUUGCUGUCCAGGGGGAGUUGAGGAUUGUCCUUUAGAUUAUUGUGCCAUGUUAUGCUUAGAUUAUUAUGCUAUAUUGUGUAAUUUGUAUUUUGUAUUAUGCAUUUUUAACCUUUUGCAUAACUAUUUCAUUGUUGUUAUUACGUUUUGCUGUUACUUAAUGAUGGUGGAGUGUAAGGGGAUAGCCUAAUGUAUUAUUGUUUGUAUUUUGUUUUGUAGUAUAUUGAUCCUUUUUUGUAAUCUGCCUUGAUUCCUUCAGGAAAAAG